AUGCCCGGUCUCGUAUCGGCCACUGGAGUGCUGGCCUUCCUCGCUGAUGAGGAGCCUGAGCUCAAGGUUUUUGCGUUGCAGACUUUGAACGAUGAUAUUGACACUGUUUGGACCGAGGUGGCUGGCGCCCUGAACCAAAUCGAGGCACUCUAUGAAGAUGAGGCUUUCCCCGAACGACAACUCGCUGCUCUCGUUCUCGCCAAAGUAUAUUACCAUCUCCAAGCAUAUAACGACAGCAUGGCUUUCGCUUUGGCUGCUGGAGAUCUCUUUAAGCUGGACUCCCCCGGCGAGUUUGAAGAGACCAUCAUCUCCAAGUGCGUCGAUCAGUACAUUGCUACCACCGCUGCAAAGAACUCCAAACCACGUACUUCGAAGAACACCGAUCUUCCAGAACUCACAACAACCUUCUACCAUGCCUCUGACAAUGCUGUCAUGUCCCCAACAACGCCGUUUUCCCACACAACGCUGCCUCCGAAGUCUCUCCUUUCGCGUACCUCACUCGACAACACUAUACUUGAUGCCACCUUCCAGCCUGUUAUUAAGCAGGGCAGAUCCGGUUCUAUCGUCGAGCUGCCCAACCGAGAUAUUGCUGAUUCUCUACAGCGCGUUAUUGAGCGUCUGUUUUCAAGCUGCUUGAAGCAAGCCCGAUAUAGGCAAGUCGUCGGUAUUGCCGUGGAGGCCAGGAAUCUUGAAGUUUUACGGCGAGUAAUCAAGCAGGCAAGCGAAGACGAAAAGAACGCCAAGUCCAAAUCACAGGAUGGACUUCAGGGCCCAGCCGAGGAACUCAUGGAGUACACGCUUGGUAUUUGCAUGGACAUCGUGCAAGAACGAAGCUUCCGCACCGAGAUUUUGCAACUCAUUCUUGAUCUCCUGAACGACAUCCCUAAUCCCGAUUACUUUGCCAUUGCGAGAUGCGUUGUUUACCUGAAUUCAGACGACGAAGCCUCACGUAUGCUUCGGACUCUAGUUUCAAAUGGCGAUCGUACCUCCAUUGCCAACGCCUAUCAAAUAGCGUUCGACCUGCAUGACAACGGCACACAGGAGUUCCUAGGCAGGGUACUCGCAUCCCUGCCAGCUGCGAACUCUGCAAAGGAUGAUACUGAAGCCUCCGAUCAAGCUGCAGAAAAGGAGCCUCUUUUGGACCAACAGAAAAACUCCGAGGAACAAUUGCCGGAAGGUGAGACCAAGGUAUAUCGCAACAUUCGGUCAAUCCUUGACGGAUCAAAGACUAUUCGUCUAAAUCUUGAGUUCCUGUAUCGCAAUAACCACACCGAUCUUAGCAUUUUGAACAAGGUACGGGAUAGCCUUGAGGGGCGCAACUCUAUUUUCCACACCGCUGUCACCUUCUGCAAUGCAUUUAUGAACCAAGGGACAACAAACGAUAAUUUUUUCCGCGACAACUUAGAGUGGCUAGGUAAGGCUGUGAACUGGUCGAAAUUCACUGCCACAGCAGCACUUGGAGUCAUUCAUCGAGGCAAUUUGUCACAGUCUAGAAAGCUUCUUGAGCCUUAUUUGCCCCGGCAGGGAGGACUUAGCAGCGGCUCAAUCUUUAGCCAAGGUGGUGCCUUAUACGCCUAUGGUCUCAUUCAUGCCAAUCAUGGUGCCGAUGCUUUGGACUACCUUAAAGCCCAGUUCAAUCAGGCCGAGGAGGAAGUCGUUCAACAUGGUGGCGCUCUUGGGCUUGGUAUUGCCGGAAUGGCCACAGGGGAUAACGAGAUCUUUGAGAAGCUCAGAAACAUCCUUUUCCAAGACUCUGCGCUCAAUGGUGAGGCUGUUGGCCUGGCAAUGGGUCUCAUCAUGGUAGGAACAGGCAAUGUGAAGGCGCUGGAGGACAUGAUCACUUAUGCCCACGAGACAACACACGAGAAGAUUGUUCGCGGCGUUGCUCUGGGUAUGGCACUAAUCAUGUUUGGCCGACAAGAAGGGGCAGAUGUUUUGAUUGAAGGACUUCUCAACGACCCGGACCCCACGUUGCGAUAUGGUGGUAUCAUGACAGUUGCUUUGGCUUAUUGCGGAACUGGGAGCAACAAAGCCAUCCGAAAGCUCCUUCACACGGCGGUUAGCGAUGUGAAUGAUGACGUUCGUCGAAUCGCCGUCAUGAGUUUGGGCUUCAUCCUCUUCCGUAAGCCCAGCAGUGUUCCUCGAAUGGUCGAGCUCCUCUCUGAGUCGUACAACCCUCAUGUCCGCUAUGGGUCCGCCAUGGCACUGGGAAUAUCAUGCGCCGGAACUGGCCUUGAUGAGGCUAUUGACCUCCUGGAGCCCAUGAUGAAGGACCCCACCGACUUUGUUCGUCAAGGAGCUCUCAUCGCCCUCUCGAUGAUUAUGGUCCAACAGAACGAUGUCAUGAAUCCCAAGGUCUCCUCUAUCCGCAAGACGCUUAAGAAGGUUGUUGGGGACCGCCACGAAGAUGCCAUGACCAAAUUUGGCGCUGCACUUGCUCUCGGCAUUAUCGACGCUGGUGGGCGCAAUUGCACCAUCGGCCUCCAAACGCAGACUGGUAAUCUCAACAUGGCAGGAAUAGUUGGAAUGGCUGUCUUCACUCAGUACUGGUACUGGUUCCCCUUCACACACUUCCUGUCCCUGAGCUUUUCUCCGACGGCCAUCAUCGGCCUUGACCACGACCUAGAAAUGCCCGACAUUAAAUUCCAUUGCGCCACCCGCCAGAGCCUAUUUGACUACCCGCCGGAGCAAGAAGUCAAGGUUGAGGAAGGUCCUGCCAUGAUUGCCACGGCGAUCCUAUCGACAACCGCCCAAGCUAAGCGCCGAGCUCAGAAAAAGGAGCGUGCUCAGCGGCGUGAGAGUAUGGAUGUUGAUCCUGCACCUGCCAAGAGUGGUGAUAAGAUGGAUGUUGAUGACGAGAAGAAGGAAGAUUCCAAGGACAAGAAGGACACUGAUGAUCAGGAUAUUGCUUCCGCCGAAACUAAGAAAAAGCCCGAAAAGGAGAAGGUGGGCUACGACAUCGAGAAUAUGAGUCGUGUUUUGCCGGGACAAUUGAAGUACGUCAGCUUCCAAGCUGGGCGAUACAAGCCAGUCAAAAAGCCUACCGGCGGCCCGCUGCUCCUCGACGAUACCCAACCAGACGAGCCAAAAUCACUCAUUGAAGAGAAACUCAAGAAGGCCACAACAGAGCGCGCUCCGGUAGCAGGGCAGAGCCGAGGCGGCGCUGCCGGUCGAUCCGGUGGGCAGGCCAGGUCCUUGCUGGAAGGGCUUGUUGACCCGGCACGUGGUACUGGCAGUAGUCAGGUGAUGGGCCAGCUUCUCCGUGGCACAGGGUCAUUUUUGGGUGACCCCCAAACGCCUAGCGGAAACAUCGGAACCGGCGGCGGAGCCGCCGCUGCAGCCGGUGUCCUGACUGCUGUCGAUGAGGAUGCUGAAGGAGAUGAGGAGGCGCAGACACCAGGUGAAUUUGACUAUUUCACCGAGGGCGAGGACAACGAGGAAUAG